UCUUGACUCCUCGGUCCAAAAGCACGCUUAAGUUUCGAGGAAAUACAGUGGAAAGGAGACGAGCUGUUACGGAAGUCUUUGGACUGGAGAAAUAUUUUCUAAAGUUGAAGUUUUCCUGGCAGGCCCGGACUGACCUGCAUUUAUAGCCACCGGUCGUCAUCUGAUCUGACCGCUGCUCUUACCUUGGUUUGCUCCAGCAGUAAAGUGAGCGGUGAUGACCCUGUCUGGAGGCACCAGUGCCAGCAACAUGUCCGGUCAGACCGUGCUCACAGCUGACGAUGUGGAUAUCGACGUGGUCGGGGAGGGCGACGAGGGGAUGGAGCGGGACAGCGACUGCGAGAGCCAGUGCAUGCAGGACCGGGGAGAUGAGGUGGAGGAGAUCGAGGUGAAGGAGCGCAGCGACAGUCCAUGCGAGAGCGCCGGCGAGGGAGAGUCCAAGGGGGAUGCUCAGGAGAGCUCAUCCGGUCCCAUGCAAAGCAAGCCCAAGAGCAGCCUGGUGAAGCCGCCCUACUCGUACAUCGCCCUCAUCACCAUGGCCAUCCUCCAGAGCCCGCAGAAGAAGUUAACUCUGAGCGGUAUCUGCGAGUUCAUCAGCAACCGCUUCCCUUACUACCGGGAGAAGUUUCCGGCCUGGCAAAACUCCAUUCGCCACAACUUGUCCCUCAACGACUGCUUCGUCAAGAUCCCACGGGAACCAGGCAACCCGGGCAAAGGCAACUACUGGACCCUCGACCCCCAGUCGGAAGAUAUGUUCGACAACGGCAGCUUUCUGAGGAGGAGGAAACGCUUCAAGAGACACCAGCCGGACAUUCUCAGGGACCAGACCGCCCUCAUGAUGCAGAGUUUUGGGGCAUACAGUAUUGGGAAUCCGUACGGACGCCACUAUGGAAUUCACCCGGCCGCCUACUCGCACCCUGCAGCCGCUCUACAGUACCCGUACAUUCCCCCGGUGGGUCCGAUGCUCCCUCCGGCGGUGCCUCUCUUGCCUUCCGCAGAACUGAACAGAAAAGCAUUUAACUCUCAACUAAGUCCAAGUCUCCAGUUACAACUAAACAGCCUGAGCACCGCGUCAAUUAUCAAAUCCGAGCCGUCCAGUCGACCAUCCUUCAGCAUAGAAAACAUUAUCGGGGUCUCCAGCAGCUCGUCGAGCGCACAGACUUUCCUGCGGCCGCCCGUGACGGUGCAGUCCGCUUUACUGAGCGCACAGUCCCUGUCCUUAACCCGGACAUCAGCUGCCAUCGCGCCAAUUCUCAGCGUCCCGUCAAAUAUUAUCUCCGGACAAUUUUUACCGACAGCGUCCACAGCAGCGGUAUCGAAAUGGCCUUCUCAAUGAUAAUCAAACUAUUUUUUAGACAUAUAUAUUUUAAAGACGAUACAGCACGAACUAUAGGCAGCACUGGACGAUUCGUCCGCCCCAAUGUAGCCAUGUAAAGACUUUUGAGAAAAAAAGAAAAUUCAUAAUCAAAAAGGAAUGCUUUCAGUACAGGUAAUGUUUGUAAAUAUUUGUACAAAGAAAUUAAUUUACAUGUCUUUUCUUUCCUAUUUCAUUUCGUUGUUUAAACUUAUAGCUGAGUGAGCCUUAUUCUUUCCGUAAUAUUUUGUUUUCAUUCUGAAAGAAGUGAUUUCACGAACAAUGUUUUUUUCUUUGUUUUCCAAUAUGAAAUAUUAAACUGUUCCUACUGAAAGACUGAAAAGUAUGUUUAUAAAAUUUAAAUAUAUGUAUUCUAUGUAGCUAUAUUGUGUUGUAAAUCAACUUCAUUUGUUAAUAAAUAUGAAAACAA